AAGAAAAUGCGGCCUAGUGAACGCUGGGCAUCAUUUGACGAUUGGAACGGCGGAAUGAGGCAGCGCCUUGAGGGAUUCAUGGCGUCCAUCAACAAGGCGGCGCUGACGGAGCAUGCCUCGGUCGUGCUCGGCUCACCCGCGUCCAUGAGCGAACCCUUCUCUGCUGGCCAGCACUGGUGCUGCUUCGAGCUUAUUGCACCGGACGGCCGCUUCCUCGUCGCGCGAGUUCGGCUGCCGAAG